AUGAAUCUAAUCCCUCGCUUUUUGUCCUUCCAGCAGGAUGGUGGUGAUUCAUCGAUCUUGUUCUCUCUCUUGGCCACAACCUUUAACAACACUUUGAACUCGACUGCCAAUUGUCAUCCAUUAUUAUUCACCACUGGAUUGAGCCGAGAAGAAACACCUACCAUUGAAAACUCUAUUUGUCCCGAUACUUAUGUCUCCUUCUCCAUCACACUCCUCUUUCUCAUCUAUUAUCUUCUUCUUCUUGUCAUUUCCUCUUUUGGUAUCCUCUGGAAAAGACAUUCCAAACAUGUCAAAGCCAGAAACAUCAUUCACAUGUUUCUCACUCUCGGUUCCAGUUUCUUCUUUAUUACCAUCUUUUGUUUAAGAAUUAUAAUUGGAAGGAAAUAUUUUCCAUGUGGAUUAUAUAGUUGGUGCUUUUGUUUGUCUCCUCUUGCGACAUUGCCAACGACAUGUCGAAGUUUGUUGUUGUAUUUUAGUUACAAGUUGAAUUUGAUCAAGAUGAAGUUGGGAACGAGGAGAAGAUCCGUGACGCAAGAGGAAGAUGUGGAGGAAGAGGUUGAAGGAUCCAUGACAAGUGACAGUGGUGGGAAGAUGCCUUCUGUGGAGAUUGGAGAAAAGACAUUUCCAAUGAUUCAAUCUUGCUCAUCAAUCUCUGGAAACACGCCAUUUUCGUUAUCCACAACUUCAGAAACAAUUCUAUUUCCUCAAACACCUCAAAGUGUGUCAAAGACGAUUAGUGAUGACACGAAUGGAAAUGUUGAACUUUUAAUGUCGCUUUCUCCUUCUAUUCCUUCGCUCAAUAAUAAUGCCUUAACAACAAAAUCACCUUGUUCAAGCAAUGCAGAGAUAGCUCCCAAACAUUCUCUUCUUACAAUGGAAGAACCCACACAAAACAAAGAAAUUUCGACAAGUGACAUUUCCGUUUCGGAUCAUGAGAAGAGACUCAUCAAAAUUUAUCAAUUUCUCACAAGUUACAAAUUUGUGGUACUAAUUUAUAUCAUUAGUCUCAUCUUUUCAACAUGUCUAUGGUUGUUGAUGGGUGGCAUUGAAGAAGGAAUUUAUGUGUCACAACAUGGAACGAAACCUAAAAUUUUCACAUUCGCUGGAUUUUUGGAAUUUAAAUUAGGAUGUACUCUGACGACCAAUUGUUUAAUCUUAAUUUUAUCAUUGGCUAUGGUCUAUUGUUUAUUUGAAGCCAUUGCUAUCAUUUUGAGUAUUCGAGCCGAUCGUGACACUUGGCAGAUCAAAAAAGAAAAUUUUGUCGUCUUGAUUGUGGAAGUCAUCGGUCUUGCUUGUUUUAUCAUUUUGGGUCUCGUUCCACAAGUUCAAAGUUUGAUAGAUUUUCUAGUCCCUUAUGGUCUCAUUCUCUUCUUUUCAUUCUCUGUGGAAAGUAUCAUUAGUGUUUUGAUGCCUGCCAUUUAUGAAAUUCGAAAUGAUUGGUUAAAGGAUUGGAAAAGACAAAAACAUGAGGAUGAACAUGUCGACUCGUAUGUGGAACAAUUAUUGAAAAACUCCAAAAACUUUUAA